UAUUCGUUUUUCUUUAUGUUUUUGAUUGCUAUUUCUAUUAUUGGAUAAGUUUUACAACGUAUAGUGUUUUAAUUAUGUACUAUUGCAAUGUUCAAUGGAUCAUACGGAAACUAAUGGUGAGUCAAAAUUAACGACUUCAAGUGAAACUGUAAAAUUUGAAAAAUAUUCAAAAUGAGAAAUAUAAUAAGUUUGGUAACUUUAUUACUGAUGUUUGCGGCGAAGCCAACAGACAGUCAAACAAUUUAUGGUUGUUACGGCCCACCUGAUAAGCCGUGUACACAACACACACUUUCUUGUGGUGAUGAUGAAGUUAUUGGUUUUGAUGAUAAUUAUGGCCCGGUAACAAUUUUUAACAAGCCAAGCACCAUCGAUUGCCCUUUUCUACCUGAUAAGAAGUGUGUUGACAUAUGUUGCAGACAGAACGCGGUAAAUGUGACCAAGCGUGAACACCACCGAGGCCAGGUAUUUAAUUAUCAGUCCAAUGAACCGGUCAACAAUUCCUCGUAUCUGGUUUCUUUGUUCAACAAUUGUACAAAUCAACCAUAUUGUACGAUUUCUCCGCCGUUUAACGAACUAGGGGGUGAAUAUGAUUUUGUCAGGUAUGACUACAUCUGUAUUCAAGGGUCUAGAAUUUAUAAUGUGGUGGAUAAAUAUACUUUUAGAAAGAGGAACUUUCUUUAUCUGUAUUUUUCUGGGAAAUCAAAUUAUUUAAGAAAUCUAACCUGUUCUUGUGUGAUCAAAGGUCGGGGAAAUAUAAGAAUCGCCAGCACCUACAUCAACCUGGGUCUAGAAUCUUGUAAACGGAUAAAGAUCUUGUCACAGAAUCAAUCUUUUUUACAUUGUACUGAUGAUGGUAUUACUAAGUUUGCAGAAGUUCUGUUUCUGUCCAAUGAGAGUAUAUCGGUACAACUAGACAAUGUUUCGCCUGAACGGGACGAUGUUUUAUGGAUAGAAUUGUUUACACUCGGUGAUUUUAUACAUGUAUCGUGCACCGGAUGUCAGAACAAUAUGGCUGUGGAACAUCCGAGUAUACCUAUACAAUAUCCAGCGACCUCAUCUUCAUAUUUACCAAUAAGCUAUCCUAUUGCCGGUUUGACCAUAAUAGUGUUGUUGAUAUGCCUAGUUUAGAAUGGUCAAUCCACAAGUGGCAGCGCGCGAGACACCAUCCCACCUGUCGGAUUAAAGACUUUCUUAGCUGGCUUGUUGGAUUACAGUGACCUACAUUUCGCUCCAGCUGGGGUAUUAAUUUGUUUAAGACGGGGCUUAGCAAACUACUUUCACACAUUAUAUUUAAAAACCAAUUAUUUGCAAAGCGUAUUAAACAAAUUAAUAUGUAUUAAACAUCUUCGACGAUUAUCUCCUUAAUAUAAAAAUGAAGAUUGCGUGUUCAA